CUUUGGUGUACAUUCACUCUCUUCUGCGGCAAUUCGAAUCGACAAUGGCCCACCUCAAAGUCGACGAUGCCGCCGUGGAUACGCUCGUGGGUUUCCUCGAAGUCGCGACGCACGAGCUCCUGUACCGCUACAGCGUGUACCCGGCAGGUACGUUUGCCGCGCCGUUGUCAGUGCUACCCAAAAGUCCUCACGACGUCGAUCGGUGUGAUGGCAGACUUGUACGACAAAUGGAAGAAGUUUGAAGUGCCCGUGCAUAUAUGCAGACACCGUCGGGUCAUAGAGUACGUGCAGAGUGUGCUCGCGAGCUGUCGGCCGUGGAUCGUGCAAGGUCGAGUGGAAUCGAUGUCGGUGGCUGUGCGCUCGACGAAAACCGGGGCGUUGUUGACCACCUGCGUGUUUGAGCUGCGCAUGCUGCUAAUUUCGGCGAAGGACGAUGCGAAGGACCAACUGGACGAACUGUUCCGCCGAUCGCUUGUGCAGUUGUCCGCAGCAGCUGCGGCCCAUGCUUUCGAUGGCAACGACGAACGGAUAUUUCGAAUGUAUUUAAGGACAAGUGAAGAAGCCACAGUACCGGAAACGUUGGUAUGCGAGCAUGAUAUCCAGCAGUCGUGGAUCCUGGCGACCCCGGCUGAUGCGAUGGACGACCGCGGGUCUGCACAUGCUUCCAUCGUCCCCAUCGCGUCGUCGAGUCGGCCAUCUCUACCACUCCACCUCAACGUAUACCUCGUCCAACCUGAGUCGUCUGGCGCGUCGCCGUCACCUUAAGUUUCCUUCGAACGCAUGAUCGAACGAGCCAUCCCUCCCACUUGCGUUUGUCCGGCGUACAGUGUCUUGCCAGCCACGCAUAGGCAGUGUAAACUCACCAGAACGCCUCGAGCACUCACAAACAGCGCCCUUUCACUCGAUAUGUCUUCAUUGCCUUGCUAGGAAGCAUCCGCAUCGCAUCUUGCCGCCAGAGCGCGACGCGGCCCUGGAGCUCUUGGGGCCAUGUCCACAAACG